CGGUUAUUGCAUAACCGACGGUUAUCAGAUAACCGGUAACUGAUUCGUUAAGGGGCGUGGUCGGUUGGCAGAGGUGCAAAGAGCAGCGUCGGUUAGUCGAGUAACCGACACCGGUUUACUGGAUAACCGACAUUCCUCCCUUUAGGUAACCAGUUCGUGGAGCAAGAGCAGGAGCGAGAAUGAGAGUGGGAGAACGCCUAUUUAAGAAAAUUUUAAUAUUGAGAGAGUGAAAAAAUUCUGAUUAUUAUAUUAUUAUUUUAUAAAAACAUGAUAAUUAUCCAAAAGGUAAAAAUUCCAGUGACGAAGAAGCAACCAAACUUCAAUCCUCAACGUUCCCCUGUGAUCAACUAACACAUUAUGUGAUGUGUGCAAUUAACAAAUUGUCCAAGUUGGAAAUCAAAUUAGUCAUUUUGUAUUUUAUAUAUUCCGUAGGGAUUAUAUCGGAGUUUCACAUAUAUAUAAUGAAACUAACUGACAACUGUAAGUUGUAAUAAUAGACUCCUUGAGCUAAAGAGUUUAAGGGAACAAAAAAGAGAGAAAAAAGCUAUCCCCUCUCUCCUUGUUUUCCCGUUGCGUUUUUCUGGAUGACCGUUGAGGGUGUGCGUCCCACAGAGGAGGGUCCGCCGCCGGAUGGAUCCCCGCCGCUGACGCCGAUCCAACCAAGCAAGAAGGCGAAGGCAAGCACAAGUGGAGACUUCUCAGGGGAAGGCGGAAUGGAAAUCGACAUCGUUACAGUUAGGACUAGAGAACAACAUUAGGACAAGGAUGAGAAAAUGGAAACGACUAGCACUAGUGAGGAAGGGCGAGUCCCAGAAUCGAUACUAGCCAGCAAUGUGGAGGGAAGAAUGAAAGUCUCCUACAAAGAUUCCUUCCUUGGGAAUGAACCCCCUGCUGAAAUUCUCCAAGAUGAUGAAUUGAUGUCUGGAGAAUUGGAAGGAGAAGAUGUUGAGGAUGACCCCGAAUGCCCAACAAUCAGAAUCAAGAAAAGCAAACACGCUAGAGUCAGGAAUAGAUGGAAAAGAGACAUCACCUUCCGUGUUCUGGGUAGGACCUUUCCCUUUGCUUUCAUUGACAGAAGGGUGCAGAAAAUGUGGGCGAGAACUGGGGGAUCAAAAUUGGCAAUAUUGGGAAUUGAUUUUGAUUCGAUUAGUCAUGCUAUGGUUUGGGUCUGGCUCCCUCGCCUCCCACUUGCCUAUUUUGAUGAAGAGAUUCGAUAUGAUAUUGGGGAUAGAUUGGGGAGAGUUGAAAAGAUAUAUUACAAUACGGCAAAUGGAUCAAGGGGAAACUAUGCUCGUAUUUGUGUGGAGAUUGACUUAAGAAAGAAGCUUAUCUCAAAAUAAAGGUUCAAUAGAAGAGUUUGUAGGGUUGAAUAUGAAGGGCUACAUAUGGUUUGUUUUGGAUGUGGACACUAUGGACACUUUGAGGAUGCCUGUCCACAUUGCGAAAUGAAUGAUCGGAUAUCGCCGGAGGAGAAAACCAAGCAUGACAACAACCAAGUACAAAAAUAAGAGAUUCGACUAGAGCUAAGUGAGGACUUCGGGCCAUGGAUGCUCGCGACCAUAAAUCAAAGAAAGCCAAAGCAGUAGAAUAUCCAGAAAGCAAGGAAGGGAAAUAAAGGAAGACAAGACACCAGCUGCGGAGGCAUCAUGAUCAAGGUUUAAUGUGCUGAAAAUGUGGCUGAUAAGUAAGUAGAAACUAAGGAGGUUAAUGAGCAUAUCGUCGGCCAAGAAGAGAAAGACUUCAUCGAGUAGAAGAAAGGGACAAAGAAAGUUGAAAAGCAUACCACAACAACUAAUACAGGAAAAAAGACACAGCGAGAGAGGUAAAGGGGGAUGUUGGAAUGUGAACUGACAAUAGCUUGGAGGGGAGAAAGAAGGAUCGGGAACAAACUGAAUAGGGCAAGAAGAGCCAGAAUAACAAAAAAAAACAGAAAAACAACCAAAGGAGAAGUAGAGUACCUCCUCAAAUGUGAAGGAAGAAAGGGGUGGAGGUAACUCUGUCCCUCGAAAGAGUGGCAAAACCACUCCAUCAUCUCCUAACAUUAAGCAAAAAAGUAAAGCCAAGGAUGGAGGCAUUACUCCUACACAGGAAAAGCUUAAAGUAGGGAAUGAAAGGGGGCAGGCUUCUAGUGCUCGAGCAGGACUCCAACCUAGAGGAAAGCAAGCGACCUUCUUUGUCGAAGGCAAGGAGAAGGCUAAGGAGAAAGUGUUGUCCCCAAAAAAUGGGAUAGUCCAGCCGAAGAAGAUAAACUUUGAUCUCAGCUUGAACAUCAACUAAACGCCAGAAAAUGCAGCCUUACCAAAGGGAAAUGACCAAGGGAUCGAGCCCGAAGGAAGGAAGAUCGAUAACUGAAAUUCCUUGGUGAUUGUACAGGUGAUACCAGCCUUGGAGUUGAAGGAUUGGCGAAAAGGAUCGAAAACCGGGAGAAGAGGUGAAAAAACGCAAGUUCACGGC